AUGCGAAGCCGCGUCCAACCUCAAUUCCAACCCUCGCCAUUUUCACCCCUUAGUGACCAUGGCCGUCUGACGGUUCACCAAGGCAACAGCGGUGGGGUUGAGACUUUGCCUACUAUCAGUGAGGACACGGUAGACUACAAUGAGCGGAUAAUCAGCCUCGAUCGAAUUCUCCAUGGAAUCGAUGAACCCACCACGGUCACUGUCAGUUAG